AUGCGCGUCGAGGAGUGGUGCCUUCACGCCCUCCUCGCUCGCGCACCGGGGAAGGGAGGACGCGAGCGGACGAAGGGGCAUCGCCCAAGGGAAGGGAAAAAGGAGGAAAAAGAGGAAAAGGAGGAAGAGGAGGCCCCCCACGGCGGCGAGGACUUCGCGCCCUCGGCGCGCAUCGCGGUGGUGUGGCGUUGCAUGACCGCCACCGCCGCGACGCCGUCGCCGGGGCGGUUUUCCGUUUCGUCGACGCCGUCGGUCGGGUUGGGGGGGAUUGGGGGGGAUCGCAGCGCCCUGCGGGUGCCCUACGGCCUCGGGAAGGCCUACACGCAGCGGCUGAUUCGCGAUUUAGUCAACGACGACGACGCCACGACCGGCGCCGGGGGGGUUCGCCACGCCCCGCUCAAAACCCGCCGGCUGUUGGCUUCACCGCUUCAGGCGCGUCAUCUGGCGACGCUUUGCGCGGCGAUUCUCUUUUUUGAAGUUUACACCCACGAGGCGUUGAGGCUGCUCGUGGAGGCCGCCCCGCGCUGCGUGGAGGCGGUGGAGUGGUUGAGCGGGCGGGAGAUCAGCUGCCUGCUCCUCGCCUACGCGAGGCUGCGCUACGACGGCGACCUUGACGGGCCUUCCAAACACGACGCCAACUCCACCAACGAGGAAACGAAAGAUCCAGCAGAUGGGGGGAGAAAUUUCUACCUCGUCCUUGGAACCCGCGCGGGGCAGAUCGCGGAUUGCCUCAGCGAGGCCGAUGCCGCGCGGGUUCUGCGCGCGUUCGAGCUGAUCGGCCUUCCCCAUGAGGAUCUCCGAGCCACCCUGGAGUCGAGCCUGCGGAUGCGCUCGUUGGAUCGUAAAAUACGGUAUAACACUGAAUAG